UAUGAGAACAGCCACCAUAUCCUCCGUUUCCCAUUCCUCAUCCACCAUCCUUACCUAUCCAUCAUCAUUGUCUCCCCUACUUCUAUAAUCACCACAACACCGUAUGCACCACAACCGAUACCACCGUAUCCAUCGCUUCUAGAGCCACCGACAAAACAGAAAGAACAGAUUUUCAAAAGUGCUCCACAACGUCAUCAAAAAUAUUCAUCACAAUAACUCAAGAAGCUUGAUAUCAAAAGGUACAGAGAUAGUUGUUCAGGGGCAGAUCUAAGAAUUUGAACAUAAAGAUGAAUGAUUCAACCUUUAAGGUUAAAGGGCAGCCCGGUGCACUUAAGCUCUCGCUAUGCGCAGGGUCCGGGGAAGGGCCCGACCACAAGGGUCUGUUGUACGCAGCCUUACCUUGCAUUUCUGCCAGAGGCUGUUUCCAAAGCUUGAACCCGUGACCUCCUGGUCACAUGGCAACAACUUUACCAGUUACUCCAAGGCUCCCCUUCAAUGAUUCAACCUUUAAGGUUAUUCACAGUAAAUCACUCUAUUUAUGAUAUUAUGAGUGGAGAAUUUAAUACUUGUAUGAUUGUAAAAGUUAUAUUUCAUGUUGAAAAUACUAGUGUCAAUGAACCUCAUGGUAUUUCAUUGGCCUCUGUCGUUCUUAAAAUCAACAAAUAAUCUCGAAAACCAGUGAUAAAUCACCUAUGAAUAGAGCUUCUAAUAUAUCAUGUUAAAGAAAAUUAAUCAAAAUGUCAGACUGAGAUUAUCCAGCUAGUUAACUUUCAUCUUCUUAAUAUCUUGGGAUUUAAUUCUUCGUAAAUUCAUAGUUUUGUUACAAAGUUUAAUAGGUAAAGUUAUUCUUUUUAGAAGUAGGUCCUUCCGUAGUUCGUAGCAAAACAUAUUGAUGUAUCUUGCAAGAAGUGGAGUUAGUGUAUCUUUAGAACCUUGAUUGGUGCAGGGUAGUCUCUUGGUUAUUGAAUAUAGGCAGGGUAGUCUACACAUGGAAGCUGCUGAACUGACACACUGCAACAACCAACAACAUCAAACAACAUAUGGGAGUCUCUCAAUAUUGCAAAUACAGAAUUUGAGGAAGCCAGCUGCAACAAAGGAAUGGCACCACAUUCAGAACUGUUGGAACUGCUCUUGGAAUUGUGUGUUUGCUUGUUUGUUUGCUUGUUUGUUUGUGCAGGUUGUUGGAGAUAUAGGCAACAGUGGAACUCAGAUGGAACUCCAACAACCUCAUAGACAACAUCCAAGAACCAACAACAAUAUCAUGAGUAGCUGUAACAUGUUACAUCUCCAUCAACUUCAUAUACAUACUGUGGGAACACAACACCAAACAACUGCUCAACCACACACCAAACAACAACUCAACCACAGAGCUGAAGCUGAAAGUGCAGACUUGAAAGAUGAAGCUCAACAACAUCAGCAACAACAGAUGCCAAAAGCAACACACUCCCAUGUACAGAACUACAACAACCAUGUUUGUUUGCUGCCUUGGCUACUUGUAGGUGCAGGUCUGCAGCAACCAUACAUUUGGACCCCCAUGCAGGUGUUCGAAUGCAGCCACACUUUUCUCCACAACAACUCCAAGGCUGUUGGCUACUAUAGCUCCAUAUACUUCCUCUCCUUUCAGCCUCCUUAGCUGGUAAUCAUGAUACUGAUACAAAGGCACACUUCACCUGGAUUUACUUGGUACGACAAGACUAAAAAGAGCAAAGAUGAAAAGAAUUUCCCAUCCCAUGCGAGAUAGAAGUUUCGUAUACUUGUUCUUCUUCAAUGUAGCUAUGUCUGGUAUGUAGCAUAGUUGGAAUAGGACUAGUGUAGGUUACUUUCCUUUUUUCUCAUGGAAGGGGAGAGUCUCCCUCAUUUAUGCUUUCAUAGUUGAAUUGUACCGGGAGGAGUCCUCUCACAGGUUUACUGCUUUCUAGUUAUAGUUAGUCUCUUUUUUGUAUUGGGGAUGAGUUAGCCGACCUUAAUAGGUUAGCCGACUUA